AUGGAUCUUCUUCUGUGCCUGAUGCUUGCUCUUGCUCCGCUCUUCUGUCCGUGUGCAGGUGUGUGUUUGUGUGUAGGUGGGUGGUGUUACGAGAACCAGCACUCCUGUGAUGCCACUUGUAAAGACCCGAACAGGUGGUCUUUGGACUUCCCUCACUGCGGCGGACUGCGCCAGUCGCCCAUCAACAUCGUCAGCAAUAAAGUUCACGUCAACACGGCGCUGCCCCCGCUGGAGUUCAUAGGUCACGAUGAGCGGAUCAACAUCACCGUGGAGAACAAAGGACAUUCGGCUCACUUCCACCUGCCUCAGUCGGUGCGUCUGACCGGAGGCGCGCUGCCGGGCCACUACCGGGCUGCCCAGUUCCACUUCCACUGGGGGGCUAGCGGAAGCCCCGGGUCGGAGCACACCGUGGACGGAGAGCGAUUGCCCAUGGAGCUUCACAUCGUCCACAUCAAGGAGCCGUACGGAUCCCUGACUGAAGCCGAACAUGACAUGGCGGGAAUCGCUCUGCUGGCCUUUCUCUUUGAGGAAGUCAGUGACGAUCACCCUCACCUGGACGCCAUCAUAAAUGCUCUGGGACAAGUGCGCCACAAUGGCUCCACGACACUCGUGUCCGACUUCAAGCUGAGCGAUAUCGUCCCUCCGUCCGGGGAGCUGCACGCCUACUACCGCUACGUGGGCUCCAUGACCACCCCCGGAUGCGAACAAGCGGUAGCCUGGACCGUCUUCCUCAAGACGCUGCCCAUCAGCAGUCGGCAGUUGGACGCCAUCGUACGGCAGUGCCUUUUCUGGACCGGUCAGCCCAUGACGGACAUCUUCAGACCUACACAGCCGCUGGAUGGACGGGUGGUGUACCGCUCCAACUCAGCCGUGUGCCCACGCUUUGCCGCCUUCUCGGCCCUGCUCGCCACGACCGCCGCGCUCAUCCAUUGACGCGCAUACACAGAACAAAACAUUUAUUAUUCCGCUCCACAAAUUACAACCCAAGUUCACCAUCACAACUUUUAAGAAAUGGAGAAAUU